CAUGGAACCGCACAGAGGGUAUGGCUGACAUCCCAAAAGCUCAAUAGCGCCUUAUUUCUAUUUGUUCUUUCUCCAUUUGGGAUUGGUGCAGUAUCCAAUUGCUGGACCAAGUUAUGACCUCAUUCGUUUUGUGCAUGUGACCGUUUAGAGUCGCAUUAGUGUAGUUUCACGCCAGAUGCUCGGUUGAUGCGGUAAUCCGCACGAGUUGUCGUACGUCAUAAUAUGGAGAGUUUUAGCGACGACUCUGAUACCCUGGGCAUGGAUGAGGAUGCGAAAUCAAGCGGAGUGCUGCUGCAGCAGCAGUUGCUGAUGAGUGAUGCUGCUCCCGGUGAGGGUGUGGGUAGGAUGAUGCAGGCGGAAUCGAAUGAAAACCGAAAUCCCCUGCUGCCGCCUUCCGGCAAAUGUGUCCCCGAGUUGCCGGAGAGACGACGCAGGUCCUCGUUCUGUCGGACGGAGCCGCAAACCUCCGUCUGUGUUCUGUCCUCGCCGUCUCCGCCUCCGCGGAAGCGACGCAGUGAAUCCAAAGACGGCUUGGUGGCCAAGGACGAUAUUGAUUUGUCGCGACUGGACGCGCUCCAGCGUCACGCCUGGUUUGCAAAUGCCGCCGCUGCAGGUGUCACAACCACUUCCCGACUUGCUUUUAACUUGAAGGGGGACAACGGCCUGCAGAACAUGCUGUGUGAUCUGGUCAACAGACUGAAACUGCUCAACGAGGAGAACUUCGCGCUGAAACGUGACUUGCAAAGAUCAAAGGAGCGUGAGAAACACUACCGACAAGUGGAGGAAUUGGCCUUGCGCCAGAAGCUCAAGGAAACGGAGGAAUCUUGCCGGGCUUCGCUCUAUGAGAAGCGGCAGGUGAUACGGAGGCUCAAUUCCAGUUUCAGCCAACUGACAGACAAACUCUCUCAGCGGGAACGAGCGCUGAGUCAAGUGCGGCGAGAGGUGUCGAGUUUGGAGAAGCAUUGGACGCAGUCACGACUUGACUGUGAGAUUCUUCAGGGCAAACUCAAGGCUCUUGCUGCCGAGCAGCAAGUGUGCAAGAGUAAAGCGGAUGAAAACGUCCUCGUGUCUGCGCUUGUUCGAGCCAUGGACGCAUGCAACGAAUUGACGAUUGCCAAGUUGGAGGGGCUUGUUGCGCAUGCCCUGGUGUCUAAUGGGAAGAAGGCUGCUCCUGGCGUCCUUGAAGAAGCCAAUAUUUGUGGAUUGGACCUUCGUGAAGUCUCAAGUGAGCCCGAGCUCAAGCUUAAUGUCGAGCCUUCUCGUGUUGUGUCCCCGAAACAGGUGAUGUUGGUGGGUUGUCAGAGUCGCCAGCGCGACAAAGAAGAAGCAGCGGAUCUGGCUCGGGCAGUGGACGAGUUGCGACGUGAAUUGGCGGACUCGCUGUGGCUCACAUCCACCGUCAGUACUGGGCAUGUUGAGCAGCUGGGGGUAGAGAAACGUCGUUCGGAACCGGUGGACAAGGAGGAGCUGGAAAGGCUGCGUCGUGACAUUGCGGACAUCCAGGCAGACACAAGUGACGAGGAAACGCUCGUGAAUACCAUGUUGAAGCAGGAUGUGACGUGUCAGCUUGGCCGCAUAUCCCAAUACGUGCAGGACGGGCUAGGGGUUGGGGACAGUAGCAUGAAGAACAAGAAGAAGAAGGAAGAUGAGGAGAAGGAGGAAACGUCAUUGUUGUUGACAAAGACCCCUCUGUGUUUUGGUAUUCCGAUGCCAUCAGCGUCAGAGCCCGAGUCUGGGUCAGAGUCCAAGUCGAGUGGUUGCACGGGCAUCCAGCAUUGUUGCAGAACUCCAUCCACAGACAUGAGUUAUUGCCCGCCCCGCAACUCCCCUCUCGUCAAGUCGGCGCAUCUUGUGCUCGACUACGCGUCGGUCAGCAGUAAUAAUAAAAUUAAUAACUCAAGACCAUGUCAUCGUGGGUUGGAUGAAUUGAGUGAGUGACCGACUGUGAAUUAUUGAGAAUAAAACUAAUUAUAGUAUAGUUAGCAAAUUGCUCUUCUAUUGUCUUUUUGUUACAUAAAAAAGAGGGAAGAGGAGUAUUAACGGGAAACUAUUUUGAACGAGGAGUGUAACUGUUACCAACUGUAGCAAUUUCGCGACUAAUUGGGAACAUGCGGCUUAUUGUUGUGUUGUUGUUAACCCGAUUGAUCUGAAAUGCAGCGCUACUUGCGAUUACA